AUAAUGUCGACGCUGAGCUACUACGCGGACUCGGGUGUUGUCCCCGAUCAGGAGGAUGUGCCAUCGAGGUUCCCAUCAGCUGCAGGGGUGGAGCAGGCGAUGCUAAGCGAAUAUGGCGGACAGGAAGCUUGCCCUUUGCAGAAAUCGGCUAUUUUCGGCGCGUCCUGGGGUCCCAUGGCGGUGCACCCUCCCAAUCCUUCCACGCCGACUUACAUCCACCAGCACUACGCCACCAGCGGGGACGCCGAUGGCAUGUUUGCUCGAUCCUGGACUCUGGAGUCCGUGUCUGCGCCCCUGUGCUUGACGGGACUACCGUCGACAGCCGUGCAUUACGAGAUCAAACCCGAGCCCCUGAUUGGGAGUGGCGAGUGCACGACUUUGGAGACGCACACUCCUCUUUUGUCUGACGCAGAGAGCACCAGCACCGCGGCCCUGGCGGAGGUCCCCGGCGAGAGAACAUCCACGUCCAAGCCGACUGAGGAGAGCCCUUCAACCGGGGAGAGGAGGGAAGUGGACGCGAACAACCCGUCAUCCAACUGGCUCCACGCAAAGCCCACCAGAAAGAAGCGCUGCCCUUACACAAAGCACCAAAUCCUGGAACUGGAAAAGGAGUUUCUGUACAACAUGUACCUCCCACGGGAUCGGAGAUACGAAGUGGCCAGAGUCCUGAAUCUGACCGAGAGACAGGUUAAAAUCUGGUUUCAGAACCGCAGGAUGAAGAUGAAGAAAGACAACAAAGACCGGAGGAGAGACAGUUAAGUGGCAUUAAAUCGUCCUCGUGUGGUGCGUUAGAGUCUAUAGGAAACCGGAGAUGGAGUUCCUUAG